UUGAGCCCAACUGUCGGCCCAAUCGUCGGAGCCUGGGGAAAUUAAUACCCUAAAAAAUUAUCCCUCCAGGCGUUUUCCAUAAGGGUCCAGUUCCUGCUUCGCGGCUCGCAUUCUUGGAACCGAUACUUGUAGAGAUACAGAAGAAGCAAAGAUGAGUCGAGGAGCAGUAGCGAAGGGGGGAAAGAAGAAGAUUGCGACAUUCGUUAUUGAUUGCGGGAAGCCUGUUGAGGACAAGAUUAUGGAAAUUGCGUCAUUAGAGAAAUUCCUUCAGGAGAGAAUUAAAGUCGGCGGCAAGGCUGGUAAUCUUGGAGACUCCGUUACCAUUUCCCGUGAAAAGAACAAGAUCUCCGUCACUUCCGACAACAACUUCUCCAAAAGGUAUCUGAAGUACUUGACAAAGAAGUACUUGAAGAAGCACAAUUCGAGGGAUUGGCUUCGUGUGAUUGCUUGAAACAAAGACCGCAAUGUUUAUGAGUUACGCUACUUCAACAUUGCUGAAAACGAGGGUGAGGAGGAAGAUUGAUUUUCUUCUUUCUUUCUUAUCUCAUGCUUUUCAAGUUACCCUAUUUAUUUUCAGAAAUAUUCUACAUCACUAAGUUUUCAUCUUUUUAUGUUUAUAUUUUCUGAGUUGCAAUGAGUGACAAUACAAUUUUUUUUGUUAGUUACUUUAUUCCUAA